AUGACGUCGAUUGAAGAAUAUGUUAUAGUAAGUGGUGAUUACAUGGGUGAAUGGGUGGAGACCCCAAAAUUUUGGAAUUGGAAUUUUGCGAGCAAGGUGACAGUGCCGAUCGUCGUGCGUUGCAAUGGUACGUAUAACGAUUCGGUUGAGAGUGUAAAGGAAAGCGGGGAGUUAGAUUGUGAGCCCAGCGACUUGCGCAUUAGUUAUAUGAUUAAUGGUCUACUCACUAAGGGAAAAGCUCAUCUUUCUUUCAUAAUGAAUGAUAGGCAUGUGGUAUUGUAUAUGCUUGAUGUUGCAGCUGAUGGUUGUAGACCUGUUUUAAGAAUAAAUGUUGUUGAGAGGUCUCAAGCAGCAUCAACAUCAGUAGUACUACCCCCAUCCCUACCCCCACAGCAGCUAGUUGAUGCAAAUUCAAUCUUGCAUUCGAGGAUAUCCCACAUGAGAAAAGUUAUUGUCGUUGAUGGCACACAUUUAUACAACAAGUACGAGGGUGUCUUGUUGUCUGCCGUCGCACAGGACACUGAGAACCAUACCUACUUCUUCCAGCAGCUCAAGUUUACAACCGCCGAUGAACCAGACUUGUGCAUCAUCUCUGAUAGACACAAGAGCAUAGCCAAAGGUAUUUCCGGGACCUAUGAGCAUGCUCACCAUGGACUUUGUAUGAAGCAUCUUUCUGAAAACCUCCGAAAUAAUUUUCAAUGUGGAGAUUCUCUUCAUGCAUACUUUAAUGCAGCAAAGGCAUAUGGUCACGAGGAGUUCGAUGAACAUUUUCAGCAAUUCAGGGAUAAAAGCCUUGAAGCAGCUCAGUGCCUUGAGUUUAAGAUUGGAUUUGAAAAGUGGACCAGGGCACGUUUUCCAGCCAACAUGUACGAUGUUCCUACAUCAAACAUGGCCGAGUCGCUUAACUCAAUAUUGAGGGAUGAAAGAGAGUACCCCGUGUCUGCCAUAUUCACUUCCAUUUCUAGGAGGUUUGCUGAAAUAUUUAGGCAGAGGCAUGCAGAUAUCGGCGAUUCAAAUAAUAUAUUUGUGCCUUCGGCUGAAAUAAUGUUAAGGGAAAAGAUGACUGAGGGCGAUUCCUUGUUUGUCAGUAUUAUAAAUAGGGAUGCCGACGAGUUCACCGCUAUCAACAGUGGCAGAACUGUCAAAGUCAAUCUACUCAAUAAAACAUGUUCUUGUAGAGAGUAUGACUUGGUGAAAUUACCGUGCGCUCACGCCAUGGUAGCCUUGAGAUUGAAGUAUGGAAAUGGAUAUGGUUCAAGCAUCUACAAGUAUUCUUCACCGAUGUAUAAAGUUCAAUCUUACAUCAUUGCAUUUGCUGAAACUAUCAAUGUAGUCCCUCCAGAGUCUGAAUGGGUUGUGCCCGAGAAGUAUGCAAAGAUGUAUAUUGCUCCACCUCCUUAUGAGCCCAAACUUGGAAGGAAGAGAAUAAAUCGUAUCCCUGGCAUCGCAUAA